AUGAGUGAAGCAUUUGUGCUAACUGAAAUUCAAAACGUCACAUAUUCUUAUCCUCAAAAAAAUGGAAACCCAUUAACAAGACUAGAGAAACAAUAUUAUCGAACAGCUCAUGCUUACUUUAAUAGAAAUGUAGCAGAAUUCGUAUAUGAAAAUUGGCUAGGCCAAAAGCUAAGUGAUAAGUCAAUUAAUGCGGAUACUUAUUUGCAGAAGUUACGUGAGUCUCAGGAAACAAAACUUCCUACACGAAAAAAUGAACCAGUACCUUUUACGAAAAAUAAGAUUACACUCUUUAAAAGUGAAUAUGAACAUUUUAAAAAAUGGCCAUGGGUUAUUGAAACACAAGAUUCAUCUUUCAUUGUACAAGCCAAACUCAAAGACAUUAUAAAUGAUUAUAAUGCUGAAUAUACAAGAAAAAAUAAUCCCAUUAUUUCAUCAAUUCUGGAUACGGCCUAUCCGGAAGAUUGGAUCAGAACAAAAUUUACCCAAGACGAAUGGGAUCAGAUUAGUAAUACGACAGGAUGUCUCAUUAAUAAAGCACCAAAGAAACGAUUAAAUGAAGGAAGUUGGCAAGCAGAUGUAACCACAUUUGCUUUUACCAUAAUCAGUAGGGAAUUCAUUGGUAUCCAAUACGUGAAUAAUGAACAUCAGUCAACUGGCUCAAAAAGAAGAAAUUUGAUUUCGUCAGAUGAAGAAAAUUCCGAAAUUACAGAGAUUAAAAGAGGGAAAAAGCCUGACUUUUUGGUAGAAACAGUACAUGGAUAUCGAAAUACAGAAACUUUUCUAAAAAACAAGCUACUGCAUUUUCAAUACAUAAUAGGCAAAAUUUCCAAAAGCCCUUUCAACCAAUCUGAAGAAAAAAGCAUCUCGGAUAUGAAAGACAACUAUGAUACGAUUUUAGUCGGAUACUCGGAACCAACGGGAAUUCAGCAGGCGGUACCUGUUGCAAUGUCCGGUAGAGACAUUAUUGGUAUUGCAAAAACAGGCGAAGGGCCAAUUGGUUUAAUAUUAGCACCGACAAGAGAAUUGGCCAGCCAGAUAUACAUUGAAAAUGGAAUCAAAAACGACGCACACACUACUCUCCCUGUUCCUUCCAAAUGCAGAGUUGCAGCAGUUUAUGUAGGUGCUUCAAAAAUGGAUCAAUUCAAAGAACUCCGACCUGGUGGAAUGGAGAUACUAGUGGGUACCCCAGGAAGACUUAUUGAUAUGGUCAAAAUGAAAGCGACGAAUUUUCGACGAGUUAGCUCCUUAGUCCUUGAUGAAGCUGACAGAAUGUUUGAUCUUGGCUUUGAACCGCAAGUCCGUUCCAUUUGCGACAAUGUUAGACCAGAUAGGCAAAUUGAGAUUCUAGCUCGCGAAGUAACUACUGAACCAGUAAGAAUUUCCAUUGGUAGUGUUGGCCAGGCGAAUACUGAUAUUACGCAAGAGAUAGAAAUUUUGCUGAUGACGGAUACAAAUGGAGUUGGUAGUGUUCUCAUUUUUGUUAGUCGAAAAGAUGGCGUUGAAGCACUUUCAAGCAAUUUGAACCAAGUCGAUCGUGACAAGGUGUUGAAGGAUUUCAAAAAUAAUAAAUUUCCUAUCAUGGUUGCGACUGAUGUAGCUGGAGAGAAAGGUACAGCUUAUACACUUAUCACCCAAAAAGAAGAUAAAUUUGCAGGGGAUCUAGUGAGAAAUUUAGAAGCAUCUGGUCAACAG